CCCUUUUCUUCUCUCUUUUUCUCAUUAGAAACAUCUUGAGAGCUAAAUUCCAAAGAAAAGCUGAGAGAAAAAUCAGUGAACAAUCAAGAUUUUGGCAUUUUCGUUCCCUAUAUCAAUAUCAGGCUUCUUUCUUCUUUUCUAGGCAGUUUAGGCUAGUCCUUCUUGUCUUCUUCGUUGUUUGCUUGUAUUAGCUGAUCGUCUGAUCUGAUCUUUGUUCUUGUCUUUCACCACUUCUUGAUCCUAGGUUAAUUUCUCUGUCUUGUUUUCUUCAUGUACUCAAAAUUAAAACCAUUUUCAUUCAUGGGUGUGUCCAAUUCUGAGAUGUUUCUGUCUGAGAAAGGCCUAAGCAGUACCAUGGAAUUCAGUUUCUUGGUUAGAUCUUCUUUAGAAUUCCAAGAAGAUCAGUGUCAAAUUGCACCUUUUCAAGUUAUUGAUGAUGAGCCUCGACAACAAAAAGAAGAGAGAGUACUAAAAGAAGAAGACAAAUGCAAAUGGCCGAUGUCUCCAUUGGAGUUAAAUUUGCCAUCUUCAGGAGAAUUCAAGGUUUAUGAAAAUGGUGAAGAUGAAAACCAUGAUGGGUUCAAGACUCCAACUUUGUUGGAUCACAAAAUUCCUGUCAUGCUUAAGUGCCCACCUGCACCAAGAAAACCAAAAUCUCUCCCAUCACCCAAACGAAAGGCGUUUAGCAGGAGAAUCCUACUUGAUUUGACCAAAGAGAUUGAGUCUUUAUUUCCUCCAGCUCUUCUUGCAGAUCUAGGGAACAAGAUUAAGAAAGUCAGACGAGAAAGUGACUUCAAAUGAUAUGAUAUAUAUCAUAUAUUUUUGUGAAGAAGUAGAAUUAUGUUUAUCUUUUUAUUACUCUUCCCUUUUGUGUGGAAAUUCCCACUUAAAAUGGCAUUCUAUCUAAUUAAGAUAUAACUGCAUUUCUCUCUUCAUCAAUGCCAUAUUCAGCUUUUAAUGUUUCAGUUUCUAUUUAUUCCUGUUCCUUUUUCUUUUUCCUGUAUUUAGUGUUAUGUCACAGAACCCAGAUCUAAAGCUAUAUAACGAUUUUGCAAAAGACCAAAGCGGAAGUACAAGUCAUCAUGGAUUUGAGCAUUGGAUUCUUGCUUUUUGGCUGCACCCCACCAAGCAGCUAAAAGAUAAGACUUUGGGUGAUCUCUGUCAAAGUUUUUGAAUCAAAAUGAAAGUGGAGUCCCCUUUUUUUUCCUUUCGAUGAGUGCUCAAGAAAUGGAUUGCAUUGACUUUUUGUGUUAAGAAAAUGGGUUAGCCAUUGACUUUCCCAAUGGAAGCAAACAUAUUCCUUUGUUUUUACCAAUUAGUUGAGCAAACCCAAGUGGGAUAUUCGCUCUGA